AUGUUGGUGGGUGCGAAUCUGUGUACGCCGGGGGUGUUGUUUCCGAGCUUCAUGCAGAAUCAACUGGUGAAGGCGGUGAGCCCGACGCAAGAGGCUCCCGUGCGUAUGGUGACGUCGAUGCCUUCGACGCCGGUGCACAGCGCGUCGGAGACCCGGCGCUCGUCGCCGCUGACGCCGGCCGAGCGCACGGGGGCCCCGCCAGGCGCCGGCAAGGACGCCGUCAAGCUGUUCAUUGGCCAGAUCCCCCGGCACCUCGAGGAAAAGGACUUGCGACCGAUGUUUGAGGAGUUCGGCAAGAUUUAUGAGCUGACAGUGUUGAAAGAUAAACACACUGGCAUGCAUAAAGAUGUUAGUGAGGAUAUUUUAUUUAAAAUAUUGUAUAUCAACAACAUCGAUACAUGA